GCCAAUAUAACCACGAUUUGUGGGACUACGGGCGUCGGAAAGUCCAAGCUGUCUGUCGAGCUGGCUCUGAAGCUUGCUCAGGGAAUGCAGGGUGGAGACGCGAGGAUCAUCAACCGUGACGCUGACUCCAUGCAAGUAUGCACUGGAAUGGACGUGAUCACGAACAAAGUCCCAGUCCCGGAAAGAAUGGGAGUCGAACACCUUCUCAUGGACUUCAAGCAACCUGGAGAGCAGUACGUUGUGGGCCAAUUGGGUCCAAGAAGGCGGUAAAUGGUCUGCUUAUCCUCCCCUAUCGCUUUGCUCUCAACUUGAUUGCAGAUCGACGAGACGCACCGCAUGG